UUUAGUUUCUUCUAAAACUGAAUAUUAAACAGAUUAUUGAAAGAAAACAAGAUUUGCCGAUAACAUAAAAGAACGUCUCGAAGUGGACCCGUAUCGGUUAGCACAACUGAUUCUGAACCUUUCGGUCGUCGUCGUUUAGCUCUCUCCAAGCUCCAGACAUGGUCUUGUAACCGCGAAUCCAUCUCUCUCUCUCUCAACUUUCGUCUCCGCCAAGUUUCUCAAGCCUUCUUCAGUAUCUCAUUUCGCAAAAAUCUCACCUCCCUUAAGCUGAACAAACAAAGAUUUCUCAUGGCGACAACAUCUGAAACUUCUCCCACGACUCACGGAACUGGUCUCGAACCUCCAAGAUCCGAUACACCCGGAGACGCGUCUGAAAACAAACUUCCUUCUGACCUCACCGCCGUCUCAGCCGCGACUGGCUCUCAGAAACGCGGCCGUGGUCGUCCGCCGAAACCCAAAUUCGACGACUCUCAGCCAAACGGUGCCGUUCCAGCUAGGAAACCAAGAGGUCGCCCGAAGAGAAACAGAGAUCCAGCGGCAGCUGUGAAGAGGGGCCGUGGUAGACCAAAGAGGUCGAACACUCUGUCUGUGGCGGAGUCUCUGGUUGAGAGAUCUAGAAAGCGUGGGAGGCCAAAGAAAGAUGACGUGGCGGCUCCAGCUAAGAAACGUGGGCGGAAACCUAAAAGUGAACAAGUUGCUAAGAGGACUGUGGGUAGGCCGAGGAAGGGAACAGAAGGUAGUACUGGGCAGGGAGCUGCAGACCCGAGAGAGCUCAAGAAGAAAGCUGCAUUCUUACAAAAGAAAGUGAAGCAAGCUGCAGAGAAGUUGAAGAUAGCAGUUUCAGCAAUCGAGGAGGUCCAAGAGCUAGCGGCAGGAAUGUAGAACCUGCGAUUUGACUUUUCUACAUAACGGAUAAUGGAGAAUAAUCUUUAUGCUGGUUUUAAGGGAAAAUUGGGAAACAUUCAUUGGAGAAUUUAAGACUGAUUGUUUGAUUUUCAUUUAGGUUUGUCUGUUCGUUCGUAGGUAUGGUACACCGUACCAGAAGAGAGAAUAGUUAGUGGCAGGUGCUACUGGUUCGUAAAGCUUUUAUGACAAUAUCUUGUGUAGCUAUGAGAUGGGAGCAAGUUACACUUUUGCAUUAAAACUCUUGGUUAUGAAUUGAAUUUCUUUGUCGUCAAGGAUA